AUGGUGAGGAGGGACAGUUGCCCUGUAUUUGAGAGAGAAGCAGGAUGCAUGGAGCUCUGCCACGAGGCAGCUGAGAGCUUAUGGGUCUGGGCUGGCCGGCAGACCGAUGUGGAUGACAUUGGUGUGGGUGUCUGCUACAGACUGCCUGACCAGGUGAUUGAGGAGAUGAAGAGGGGAGAUGCUCUGCAGGACCUGAUGUUUACAAACAAAGAAGAACUGGUUGGAAAUGUGAAGGUCAGGGGCAGCCCUGGCCACCUUGACCAUGAGAUGGAUCCUGACGUCCAAACGGACAGCAAGGACCUUUUGGCACCGGAUUCUGGAGAAGAUGGUGGAUGCUUUGCUGCUCCUCACCAGCUGCAGUCCUUAGGGGCUGGGCUGUCCCAUCCCCAGGAGAGGUGCUCCAGUCCCUUAACCAUCUUCGUGACCCUUCGCUGGACUCUCUCCAGUAUGCCCAUGUCUGUCUGGUACUGGGUAGCCCAGACCUGGACCCAGCACCCAGGAGUGGAGUGGGGGCUGAUUUUUCCUGAUGCUAACGGGGAGUACCAGUCGCCUAUUAACUUGAACUCGAGAGAAGCUAAAUAUGACCCCUCGCUCCUGGAAGUGCGUUUGUCGCCAAACUACGUGGUGUGUCGUGACUGUGAAGUGAUCAACGACGGGCAUUCAAUUCAGAUUGCCCUGAAGUCAAAAUCAGUGUUAAUAGGGGGGCCACUACCUCGAGGACAUGAGUUUGAACUACACGAUGUUCGAUUUCACUGGGGGAGAGAAAACCAGCGUGGUUCUGAACACACGGUUAAUUUUAAGGCCUUUCCCAUGGAGCUUCAUCUAAUGCACUGGAACUCCACACUGUACAGCAGCAUUGAUGAGGCAGUAGGGAAGAAGCACGGCAUAGCUAUUAUUGCUUUGUUUGUGCAGAUAGGAAAAGAGCAUGUAGGCCUAAAGGCUGUAACUGAAAUUCUCCAGGACAUCCAAUACAAGGGAAAGUCCAAAACAAUACCCUGUUUUAAUCCCAACUCUUUAUUGCCAGAUCCUCUACUGCGUGACUACUGGGUGUAUGAGGGCUCUCUAACCAUUCCACCCUGCAGUGAAGGUGUCACCUGGAUAUUAUUUCGCUAUCCUUUGACUGUGUCCCAAGUGCAGAUAGAGGAAUUUCGUAGACUGAGGACACACGUUAAAGGUGCAGAACUUCUAGAAGGCUGUGAUGGAAUCCUAGGAGAUAACUUCAGACCAACUCAGCCACUUAGCGACAGAGUCAUAAGGGCUGCAUUUCAGUAGCGGAAGAGGAAGAACAAAAAUAAAUCUUUAUUCAGAGAGGGGGAAGACAAUGCUCCCACAGUGCCCUCGGAUGAGAAAUGGAAACUUUUGAAGCUGCUGCUUCAGUUGAACCACAAAGCCCGUAUUGUUUGUCUUCAUCUAAUUCAGCCUUGAUAGACAGCUUUGACAGUUGGUCUGUCCGCAUGGUCCAGUGAAAUUCUGGGAAUGGGGCUGUACAUUAAAAGAAGAAAACACAUUAAAUCUUCCAGUUCACACUGUUAACUAUUUUUAAAUGGUAAUUACCAUUGCUUAGAUAAUUCCUUUGCCAUAGCAUUCAAUAGUGGUCUGUGAUCCAAAUAGUACUAAUUUUAAGCUUGGUAUGAAUGUUAAUAUGUAGAAAUACUCAUUAUUGUUUUGAAUGUUAGAUUUAAUUUUAUUCUGUAUCAUCUCUUGUGCUGUCAGUAAUCGUCUUUUCUGUAGAGGGGAGGUGCAUUCUAUAAAGCUAAGAAAAACAUUGUU